CUGGGGACUCGAGGUGUGCAAUUGGUUCGGGAGUUGGCACGGCCAUAGUGGCUACUACAGCGGGUGCCAUCGUGCCAGGGUCGGCGCUUCAAGCCCUUCCAAUCGUGCGAAACCAGGCCGGCUCUCUAAGACCUUAGCAGGGGGCGCCGUCGCUCGUCUAGUCGUCACCGUCGCUCAUAUCGUCGCCUCCGUCGCUCGUCUCGCCGUCUUUAUCCGCCAUUGCUCUCGCUAUAGUCACCAUCUCCCGGACCUGGACACAUCAGUCACAGAAUCCGCCGCCAGACUUUCAUUGCGAUCGUCGCCAGGUCACUUCGCUAGCGUCGCCCAACUCUCUUCGCUAACGCCACCGACUGUCUUCGCGAUCUUCGCCAGGCUCUCUUCGCGAGCGUCCCCAGCACCCUUCGCGACCGUCGGGAUGGCGAGUCAGCGAACAGUGACGACGGUGAUCCGGCUGGUGAUCAACGCGGGCCAGGCCAAGCCCGCUCCGCCCGUGGGACCAGCUCUCGGCCAGCACGGUCUGAACCUGAUGGCGUUCUGUAAAGACUUCAACGCGCGCACGCAGCACAUCAAACCCGACGUGCCGGUUCCGGCGCUCAUCACGGCCUACUCGGACCGCUCGUUCGACUUCAUAAUCAAGUCCCCCCCCACGUCCUACUUCCUGAAGCGGGCAGCAGGACUGAACCUAGGGGGCGGCGAGGCGGGCCACCAGGUGGCAGGCGAGGUGUCCUUGAAGCACGUGUAUGAGAUCGCCAAGAUCAAGCAGCAAGACCCCGGGUGCAGCUACAUCCCCUUGGAGUCAAUCUGUAGGUCGAUCAUAGGGACGGCUAGGUCCAUGGGGAUUCAGGUGAAACGGUCGAUUGAGAUUCCCAGCAGCAGCAGUUGAUCGGAGUACCAGCAGCAGUUGACCGGAGGAGUAGCAGUAGCAGGAAUUCCUAUGGAGGCCAUCGGUCAGUCGAUCCUAAGGACCAUGGGGGUUCAAGUGAAGCGGUCGACUGAGGUUCCCAGCAGCUGCCGUUGAUUGAUCGGAGUAGCAGGAGCAGGACUACGGGUGCAGCUAUAUAACGUUGGAAUUGGAAUAGAAUUGUCGGUUGGCGGUAGGGACUGCUAGGUCCAUGGGGAUCCAGGAGAAGCUGCCGUCCGUUUGAGAUUCCUUCUAGAAGCAGAAUCCUGGGUGUAGCCAGUAGGGGUACAUUGCAUUGGAAUCUAUCUGCAGUUCCAUUGCAGGGCCUGCUAGGUCUGCUGGGAGGGGAGGGGAUUCAGGUGACAGGCUGAUUUGAUUGGGUUGGUUAUGGAUCAUCAGGGUUGGUGUUUCAGGCAAAACGAUUCUAAGAUUACUAUACGCGAUGCAGUCCUAUUACUGUAUCCUC